AUGGACUGCGGGGACCAACAAAACCUAACAGUGCUAACAGAAUUCAUUCUAGUGGGAAUCACAGACCACCCUGAGCUGCAGGCCACCUUCUUUGGGGUGUUCCUCAUUGUCUAUGCAGUCUCCGUGGCGGGCAACGUGGGCAUGAUCAUCCUCACCAAGAUGGACUCCAGGCUUCAGACACCCAUGUACUUCUUUCUCAGACACCUGGCUUUCACUGACCUUGGUUAUUCAACAGCUGUGGGACCAAAAAUGUUGGCAAACAUUGUAACUAAACAAAAGACUAUUCCCUACAACUGGUGUGCAGCCCAGCUAGCGUUCUUCAUCUUGUUCAUCAUUAGUGAACUUUUCAUUCUGUCAGCAAUGGCCUAUGACCGCUAUGUGGCCAUCUGUAAUCCUCUGCUCUACACAGUCAUCAUGUCACCAAGGGUAUGCUGGGCACUGGUAGCAGUCCCCUAUCUCCACAGUGCUUUUCUCUCUCUGAUAACCACCAUAAAGAUUUUUAUUUCAUCUUUCUGUGGCCAUAAUAUCAUUAAUCAUUUCUACUGUGACAAUCUUCCCUUGUUGACAUUGAUAUGCUCAAGCACACAUGACAUUGAGUUGAUAAUACUGUGCUUUGAUCAUACCCAUGCUGAACCCCUUGAUCUACAGCCUGAGAAACAAAGAAGUGAAAGGUGCCCUGCAUAG